CCGAUAUUUUUGUCAUUUUUACAAACACCAUACAUACAAUUUUUAAUGUCGAAUAAUGAAAAAAGGGUUAAACUUAAACCAAAUUUAUCAAAUGUGAAUUAUGAAGCGUCCUGUUCCAACAAUAUUCCCGAAAAAUCCAGAACACAACCUAAAAAACGAAUUAGUGUGGAUACUAUAGACAAAAUCUGUAGUGCCAAACGGCAAUGCCAUGGUUUAAGUCCUCCUACCCCUACUAAAAACUUUGCACAGGAUAGACUAAACAAACUUAGAUAUGCUUUACACGUGGAUGUUAUGACCAGAGUCAAAACUACUUCACCAGAAGAAAGUAAGUUUCACGACAGUAAAAAUAAACCAGAAGUGUUAAAUCAGAAGGAUAACGAAAAGGCAGAAAUUAAUGUAUGUGAAGGUUCUACAACAUCAUCUUCACUUAAAAAUAACGAAAACCACAAACGAAAAGCAAACGACUCAUGUGACCAAGUAACAUCGAAGAAGUUUAUACUUGACCAAGGCUGCAAAACUUAUUCAAUUAAUGUAGAAUCUAAAGAAACAACAAAGAAACAAGAGUUUAAUGACGAAUCCAAAGAGCAGUAUUUAUGCAUUGUUGUAGAUACCAAUGUAUUCAUUUCAGAUCUUUCAAUAAUUAGAAACAUCAUUGAAUUGACAAAUACUGGACCCAUUCAACCACUAGUUUACAUCCCAUGGAUGGUUAUAACUGAGCUGGAUGAAAUCAAAGAUAGGCCAGGUAAGACUUCUUUAAAAUGUCAAGCUCUGAAGGCGAUCAAAUGCAUUAACGAAUUUAUUAGCAAAAAAGAUCCGAGGAUUAAAGGACAGACGGUUAGUGAGAUGAGUGAUCAAAAGCACGUGGGGCUAAGUCAAGAUGAUAAAAUUAUUGGUACGUGUUUGCAAGCAGUGGAAAAAUACGAAAUAGUAAUAUUGCUGUCGAAUGAUAUUAAUUUAAGAAAUAAAGCUAUGAUCAAUGACAUUCUAGCCAUGUCAUCCAAAGAGGUCAUCGGAAAAAUAAAAUGUAUUAUCAAAACUUCGAAAAAUAUGAAGAGUGUAAAAAUUAUGGAAAAACUGAGUAUUUUGUGUUCAGAAGUUAUUUGCGAGUGUGCAAAAAAUGCUUAUGGUGAUGUCUGGUUGAAAAUGGAUAUGCUAUCCGAACCUCCUUGGUCUUUUUUUGAAUGCCUGAAGCGGUUUCAGAAGUAUUGGACAGCAGUGUUCCAAGACAAGCUCAUGAAACAGUUCAAAUGCACAGUAGAAAAAUUGUUUCAGUUGCUCAAUUCUGGCAAAGAUUUUUGUGAUGAAGCGGAUGCUUAUAAGGAGUUUGUGAAACUAUGUCUUGAUCUUUGUAUUUUUCUGCAAGAUUUGGAAAAUUUCAGAGUGUCUUCCAGUAAUGUGAUAAAUGAAAUAACGAAAUCUAAUUCGAGAAUAAUAAACUCAUAGUCACUGAA